AUGGCUCCACCGAGCACCCAAUCAGCUGAAACCAGCAACAUGGCUCAGCUUCAGCAAAUCAUUCGAACCAUGCAGGAGCAACUCAACGGCCAGGCCCAGACCAUCAACCAACUCACUAACGAACUGAACCAACGCAACAACACCCCUAGUGAGGACACCCAGGGCAUGGUCGACCAGCUCAUCGAACAAGUCCACGGACUCGAAAACCGGCUCACUGCAAAGACCAUGAAGGUCAAGGCCCCGGAACCCUUUGACGGCACCAGAUCCAAGUUGAGGUACUGGCAGACCCAGAUGGAUACCUACCUUGGCGUCAACAAGGACAAGUUUGGAAGGAAUGAAGAUAAAGUUCUUUUUGCUUCCACUUACCUUACCGGAGCCGCGUACGAAUGGUUCGAACCCUUCGUCAGGGAAUACCAGACGACUGCUUACGACGACUUGGCGGACGACACCAAAGAGGUCUUCGGAGACUACAGUGUCUUCAAGAAGUACCUGGAGGACACCUUCGGGGACGUCGACGCAACCAGGAAUGCCGAACGAGAAAUCAGACGACUCAAGCAAACCGGUGAUGUGUCUCAGUAUGCAUCCCGGUUCGCACAGCUACAGUCUCGCAUCCAGUGGGAGGAUGAGGCAUUUAUUAGUCAAUUCGAGGAAGGACUCAAGUGGGAGAUCCUCGAAAAAAUGGCUACCAUGGAUAGACCCUCAACCGUUGAGGAAAUGAUCAAACGAGCGGUACGGAUCGACAACACGCUCAGAGACUUGCGAGCAAGAAAGGGAGGUCACUUUCAGCAUCGAAGCGAGUACCGACCCCCUCGGUUCCACGGAGGCAACAAUCACCGAGGAGGGUAUCGUGCCAACACUGGACAACGUUUCCAGCCACGAAACCAAGGUCAUCACGACCCUUAUGGGCCUCAACCUAUGGAACUCGAUGCGACCCUCUCUAAGACGGAAAGGGACCGCCGCCAGAAGGAGAAUCUGUGCUUCUACUGUGGCAAAUCGGGUCAUCGAAUGAACGAAUGCAACCAACGCAAAAACAAGGCCAAAAAACCCAGCCAGGGUUCUGGACGACGACAGCAACUUAGGGCCAAUCAAGAGAUCAUGACGAUCAGGGCCACCAGGGAGGCGGAUGACGAGGGUGCCCGCGGGCACCCACGACCUGGUGAGCUAUCCCCGGGAAGGGCUAGAAGAACCCGUAACACAGCUGCUACCACACAAAGCCCGGAUGCCGCCCCGAGGAGGCGAAGUGUGACGGAAAACCUGCGGUCGGCCAUGAGGACGACAGGGGGUCGAGGAAGUGUCCCACCAACAGGAGCGACAGUGCCCCCGGCCAGGGUAUCUUGGUAUGACUCGGUGGAACAAGGACGAGACACCACUGAGCCCCCACGGCAGGAGCCGACAGGAGACCGACACAGAAGGAUGGCGAGUACAGAUGCUAGCAACAACCCUCAGGAGAGUAACGAUCGGGUAAGAUCGCCACCACCGCCAUACCAGCAGUACACGGACGAGUCCGAAGCUGCACAACUUCAGUCCGGAGAUAUUUCGCUACACGAAACCUCGUUCCAAGAUCAAGGGACUGAGAGGACGAGUGGGUCCUACAGAAACGAAGCCACUCAACACGAGCCAGCCCAAGCUAUGGUGCACAGCUUUGACCCUUUCGUGCAAAGAGUCAUUGACCCGCUUGACGAAGACUAUGGCACCCAGGUAGAGGGCCCUGUACCCUGCAGGGAGGUACCUACCGAGUGGUCCAUAACCCCGAACCAAAACCCCCACCAAAUUUCGAAGGAAACCGCAGCGAAAUGGUUCAACGGAGUCCUUAACGACAUCAUCAAGGACCCAGCCAAACUCUCGACAUCGCUAAGGGCACUGGUUACCCACUGUCCACACCACAACCUCACGUGCUGGGACCAUACGAGCAGCACCUGGAGGGAGCACACGCUCCAAUGUGCUCGACACCCGGACUGGUGUCAGAUCUGCGGACGGAAAAAUAGCGACUACCACGAGGAGCUGGAACGGCUCAGCCACAAGCGACUCCAGGGAAGUGAAGCACAUAGGCCAUGUGACGAGCCAUGGUGCGAAUGCCGAUACAGGCAAUGGGGCCACAAAGAACACACCAGGCUCCCAUGGAUAGUGUGCCACGACGAUGCCUGCUUUACCCAUAACCACCUGAAGGACAUUGCCAAGUACCGACCAAAGCGACCGAAUAUCGUCUACGCAAACAACGAAUGUCCGUGCCGACAAAGCAACUGUUCAUGUCAGGGGUAUCAGCAACACCCAGAGCACUUGUUCAUGCACUGGACCAAGUGCUACGACGACGAGUGCCUUAUCCACUAUGAGGCCAAGCUGGGCAGGUACAUGCCUAGCCGCCCACGGCAUGAGAAGGCGCCAAACUGGAAAACCGUCACCCUUGCGGCCACGCGACAAGGCAGACACCUCAAACUCAUGGCAAGGGCCCAAGGAAAGCCAGUAUUCGUUAUGAUUGACUCGGGCGCGACAGGCAAUUUCAUCAGUCCAAGGUGCAUGGACCGACUAAGACUGCGAGGAGUUCAGAAGGAAGAACCGAAACCGAUCAGCGGGCUGAGCGGAGAGGAGUUGGGACCUCAAAUGCUCACGGUUGAAUCGGGAGUCAUAACCCUAGUGGUAAAAGGGCGACAGAUCGAGCUAAGUCUCGACGUCUUCCCUUUGGGGCAAUAUGACAUCGUGUUGGGGAUCCCGUGGCUCGAGGAUCACAACCCGGACAUCGAUUGGUCAACCAAGACAAUCCGAUGGAGAACUAGCCCACAACAACAGGCACCAGUAGGGGCUGGAGCCUUACGGCCUGCCAGUCAGAGGCAGAACGCCAAGCAACCUGCGGGGAGGUUGAUUCCCAAGGGCAAUCACGCCGCCUUGGAGGAAAGUCCAGUUUUACAAGUACUAGCAGCAACUUCACGACCAUCUGAACGAGUAUGGCUGAAAGAAAUACCCGGGUGGGGCACCGGCAUGCCAAUAAGAUACAGCGAAACGAUCCAGAUCGACGAAACGGACGAUUCGGACGGAGAAAACGGGGAGAACGCUCAGGCGCUUGCAGCGACCAAUACGGAAGCCAAGCCGGAACCAACGAUCCCGGAAGAGUAUAGUCGAUUCCAGGACCUAUUCCAGAAACCUGAGAGGCCGGAGCUACCACCUCGCGGACCCCACGACCACACCAUACCUAUCAAGGAAGGUGUCGAACUAAACUACAAACGAAUUCUACCACUGAACGACCGGGAAUCACGAGUCCUCAAAGAAUACAUCGACGACCAGCUCGCGAAAGGGAACAUCCGACCAUCGCGAUCACCCAUAGGGCAUGGCGUCCUAUUUGCACCAAAGAAAGACGGGAGCGACCGACUCUGCGUUGACUACCGACCACUCAACGACGCGACCGUCAAAGACCGAUAUCCAUUACCCUUGAUUCAAGAAAUCCAGGACAAAAUCCAAGGGGCAGUAUGGUUUACGAAGUUCGACAUCACCGACGCCUACUACCGCAUCAGGAUUGCGGAGGGAGAAGAAUGGAAAACGGCGUUUCGGACAAAAUUCGGCUUUUACGAAUAUCUGGUCAUGCCGUUCGGACUAACCAAUGCACCACCUACAUUCCAAAGAUUCAUCGACGAGGUGCUAAAAGACGAAGAAGAGGAUGAGGACGACGAAGAGGACACCGAGAGCGAAGAACCACAGGAACCGAUGAGCAAGUUUGCUCUCGCAUACCUUGACGACAUCCUGAUCUUCUCCAAGGGAAGGAAACAACAUGUCAAACACGUCAAACGGGUCCUCAGGAGGAUAAGAAAAGCCAAGCUACGGUGCAAACUCAAGAAGUGUGAAUUCCACGUCCAGGAAACCGAGUUCCUGGGCCAUUGGGUCACCAAGGACGGUCUUAAACCUGAAGCCUCUAAAGUGAGAGCUAUUAGGGAAUGGCCGGCACCAAAGAACCUGAAGGAACUACAACAGUUCAUAGGGCUUUUGAACUACUACCGGAGAUACAUCGAUCAGUACGCAUUCCACAUGGCACCUUUGUUCAAAUUGCUCCGAAAAGAACAGAAAUUCGAGUGGGAAGAAAUGCAGCAAGAAACCUUCGAAGCCAUGAAGGAAGCUAUCACGACGGCACCAAUCAUGCCGCAACACAACCCAGAACUCCAGACAACACUCGAAACCGACGCAUCAGAUUACGCCAUUGGAGCGAGAAUGACACAACCAGGACCGGACGGGAGACCCAGACCGGUAGGGUUCUGGUCAAGGAAGUUGACCGGACCAGAGAUGAAUUACGACAUCCACGACAAAGAACUGCUGGCUAUAGUGGCAGCAUUCAAGCAAUGGAGAGUCUACUUGCAAGGGGCAAGGCACACAGUCAUUGUGAAAUCCGACCACAAAAACCUGACUUACUUCACAACAACUAAAGAGUUGACGCGAAGACAGGCCCGAUGGGCGGAGCUGCUGUCACAAUACGACUACAAGAUUGAGCACUGCAAAGGCACGGAGAAUGGCCAAGCAGACGCACUCAGCAGAAGACCGGACUACGAGGAUAAGACCAGACAACCGCAACCAGCGAUCCUGAGGAAAAACGACGACGGGACGCUCGGAAACAACCCAAUGAUCCUCGCGGCCACCAUGACACUUUCGGGCGACAUGCUCCACACCAUCAGAGAGGCCAUGAAAGAAGACAAACUGAUGCAGCAAAUCCUAGCCUCUACACCAGGAGCAUUGGAGAAAGAUGGGGUGCUUCACAUCAAGGGACUCGUCUACGUUCCACCAGCACUCAUCCCACAAACAAUUCGGGAGCACCACGACGCGCCAGUGCAUGGGCACUUUGGCAUCGACAAAACCUGCGAGCACAUCGCACGAAACUACUACUUUCCGAACAUGAGAAAGAAGGUCGAGAGAUACAUCAAUGAAUGCGAAACAUGCCUGCGAGACAAACCAAAGAGGCAUGCACCAUACGGGAAACUUCAGAACCCUGAGGUUCCACAACGACCAUGGGAGUGGAUCACAGUCGACUUCGUCGGACCACUACCCACGACCAAGCAGGAAAACGACUAUCUAGCGGUUAUAUCGGACAGACUCACGAAGUAUAUACAUUUGAAAGCAACAAAAACGACCAUGACAGCAAAAGAAAUGGCGACGGUCUUCACCAAUACUGUUGUCAUGAACCACGGAGUCCCGAAGUAUAUUACUUCCGACAGAGACAAGCUCUUCACAUCCAACUUUUGGAAAUCAGUCACCGAUACCUUAGGAAUCGAACUGCGAAUGACAACCGCAUACAGACCACAGUCGAACGGACAAACUGAAAGGAUCAACCAGACGAUCGAGCAAUAUCUACGACACUACGUGAACUACGUACAAGACGACUGGGAAGAACAGCUACCCAUGGCCCAGUUCGCAUACAAUAACUCGAUCCAUAGCGCAACAGGAAUGACACCUUUCGAAGCAAACUUUGGAUACCACCCGAAUCUCCACGGGGAACCAAUCCAAAACCAACCCAUCGCGGAGGAAGCCAACCAAUUCGUGGAAAGGCUCAAGACAAUUCAAACACAACUCACCCGAGAUCUCGAGUUCGUCAACCUAAAAAUGGGGAUUUAUUACGACAAACACCGAAGCGAGCCACCAGACUUUAAAAGGGGGGAGAAAGACCUUUCAAAAUCGACGAAAAAUUGGGACCAGUCAAUUACCGCCUACAGCUACCAAGAUCAAUGA